AUGUUUGGAGAAUUCAAUGACUCAGGGUCCGACAAGUAUACUUUGCCCAACGACGGCAAAGAUCCUGGAAAGGAGGUUGCGCGACGACGUUCAAUGCUGCAUGGUGAGACUAUCUGGCAAUCAAAGGUUAAGGAUGCAAGUACUUUGCACUGGCAGCGAUAUCCCUACAUGGAGACGGUCGUCGUGAGACAGUUCACACUCAUCGGCAUUGCAUUAGGCCACACCUAUGUAUAUAAUUCCAGUCUUGGCAUGGGUGGCUCAGCAGUUGUCGUUUUCCAUAACUUUUGUAUAGCCACCUCAUCAUUCUAA